AACGAAAUUAGUGUCGAAACAAUCUCAGAAGUUAAAAACCAUCUGUUAACGUCAUUAGAAGAGUUGAACACAAGAAAGAAGGAGAAAAAAUUGAUCGCUGACUUGUGGUGUCAUUUUGGAAAAGCUCUUGUUUCUAGCGUUGAUGAAGGUAAUAACGUAGUAUAGAAACAUAUUUAAGAUGUAAUGUAACAUUGUGUAAAAACAGAUUGGUUAAAUAACCAAUUUUAAUUGCUUAUCUCAGCUGCGAAUAUAUUUGACCAAUAUUUUAUUGGUUAAAACAAUCAGGAAGUGGGUCAUUUUAACCAAAUUUUCGGUUGUUUUCACUAAAUGGUAUUGGUCAAAAGAAAAUACAUCUUAGACAUCUUAGACAACCAAUUCAAAUUGGUUAUUUUUAACCAGUCUACUUUUAGAGCGUGUUAAUUAGUCUGAAAAUAAAUAAUUAAGAUUAAAUCGAAACAUUACUCUUCAAAAAUUUUUUUAAUCAAAAUACGAGGCUCUAUUUUCUAUUACAUUAAGCUAAUAGUGAGAUCUUUUGACGCCCAGAAACACUAACAAUUUCAACAUCUCAAAACUACAAGAUUAGAUGCAUAAAACAACAACUAAAUUGGGGCAGGAAAAGCUCGCUGAAAUAGCUUUAGAGUAAAAUAUUCUGCUGAGCGGUCAUGAAUAGGCAAACUCCCCUAAUAAGGGUCUGUGAGACGCUACGAAGAGAAUAUUAACGAGCUUCAGCAACCGACGUCUUUAUCAACAUGCUUGUCAGAUUGCCUAGCGGGGACUGGAUGAAAAACUUUGUUUGUAUCAGUUUGUGGUAAUGUUGAACACAUAUGACAAAACAUAGAGGUUUUACACAGGAGCCUGGGGUGAAAAAAAACGCCAACAUUGCUUAUACCAAUGACAAAAACGUCGCUUGCGUAAUCUCAUUAUUUGGCUUGAAAGUGCUCACCGCCGUUGAUAUAAAGUUCAUUCUCUCCGCAGUCAACGCGGCGAUUUCGCUUAUUUCUUUCAUUCAUAUCAUUAACACAAACCUGGUCGUAAACAAGAAAGUUUGGAAUCCCAUCGGUGAAUUAUGCUUCUUUGCAGAAUCGUCGCCAUGUGCCCACCAUUUCAUAAAAAAUGCAAAAAUUCCCAACUAUAGCAGCACGGCAUUGCGGCAAUGGGACCCAAAGUCUACUAAAGGACAAAUCGCGUGAAGUCUGCUUGUCUGAACUUACGUUUACAAACAUCCAUUAUAGAUGAACUGUCGUGAAGUUGUACGUUACUAAAACACUGACUUUUCUUUAUUUGGAACUUCACUGGCUUUUAAUUCGAACUCACAGUCACUACUUCGCAGUUAUUACCUUCUUGAUAUUUUUUCCAGAAAUCUUUAUGAUCCAUAUUCUUAUUAUAAAAAUAUUUUUUUAAUAUAGAGGAAACUGGGAAGACUUUCACGCCAGUCGAUUUCGAUCGACGACUAAUGAAGAUAGUCAGCAACAAUAUGGACGAGCAUGCAGCCUACUGGAAAAUUUCGUUUGAAGAGGGCGUUGAUCCAUCAGUUGAAGACGCACUUCCAGAAUCGGAAGAUGACCUCCACAGAUUUCCUCGUCUUAAGCUAGUUCAUACACAGUGGCGUUACGAUUUUGGCUUUGGAACUCCAUCAUGUAUGUCUAAUUAUAUUGUAUAUUUCAAGUGCACUUUUUGUUAA